AUGAGCGAAAAGGCAGCUGCGGACAAUGGCAAACAGUUGGAGAAGAAGGGCCAGCUGACUCUGAGAAUUAUGAGAGUAUGUGUAGAUAAACUUGGACAGCUGGAUGCAAAAGCCGAUACCCGGGAGUUCACUGAACUGUUCUGCACUAUCAGAGACUGCUAUGGUGUCGUGCAUGCCGCGCACGCAGCAGGCGCCUUUCGCAUGCUAACGUCGCUCGUACUGGAGCGAAUUCUGGGCUACCUACUGGCCAGCGUGCUGAAACACACACAGGAUGGACGUGCCUUCAAGGUUGUUGAUUGGUUGCUGACGGAGCUGUCAUGGCGUGACAAUGAUCGCUCCCUGCGUGAGUACGUCGUCUGCGCGAACAACGCAUACGCCGUUCUCUGGAACACCGCAGCGCAGCCAAAUUCUGCAUCCUACCUUCUCUGUUACACAGAUGUGCUGCCAUCUCUAGUGGAUUAUGCAAAACUCAUCAUUGGCAAACUGGCACCCAUGUGUGAGAUGCAAUCACUUGACCUUGAAAAGGAACUGCGAUUUUUCGGCACGGACGCCGGUAACUUCGGCAUCGUCUGCUACAACAGGCUGCUGUACAGCGACGCUGCGUCAUUCCUCACCCUCGCCUGCGACUACAUCGCAGCGCGCUACGACACACUCACCAUCGCAGACGCCGACCUCACCGCAAAGUCGUGGAACAAGUUCGAGACGUUGGCCGACUGCCACAGGAGGCUGGGGAAUUUCGCCGUCGCUUUGACGACGAUCGCUUGCGGCGCUCACGUGACGGGUGGCGCUGCCACCGUCAGCACUCUCGACCUGUGGGCCAAGGUCAAAAAGAAUGCGGCAAAGCAGCAGGGAGGCCUUAAGAUCCGAGCGAGGACACUGAAGGACGAGCUAGAGGACCUGGUGGAGGCAGCGGAGGGAACGCGGCUUGGCGACGACGCCGUGCGGAGACUGCUGUGGAUGGAGCUUGCAGCGUACCGGCGACAGCAGCAGCGAGACACGAGCAUCGAGACUUACUCUGUCAUCUGCGACCUGCUGGCAUCGUGCCAGGAGGAGGCGGAGGAACACGCGGGGUUGUUCGUCGAUCUCGCACAGGUUCUCUACUCCGCGAACAUCGAGUCUGAAUGGUCGGCGGAGCAGUGCUGCAAGGAAGCCAUCUCACUGCUGGAGCCGAGCAUCCCUCACGCUGCCUCACUCAUCGCUAAGCACCACCUCGCGUCGGCACACCUCUGGCUGUAUGUCAUGCAGAGUCAGGCGCGUCAGGAGCAGGCUGCGGCGAAGACAGUGGCGACCUCUGGUGGCACGCCGACCGGGGCAAACGACGACGGCGAAGACGUGGCGUCGUUUGACGAGCGGACGAGCAGUCACGUGACCCUGCAGCAGGAGCGCGAGAUGACGGGGGCGCUGCGUGCCGCGCUCGCGCUGUGGCGGGACAUCGCGUGCGCGACCGACGAUGACCUUCGUCGCGACCUCCGCGUCACCGACCUGCUGAGAAACCUGGAGCUGCUGGCGGCCAUGUUUGAGCUAAUUCUCGAGCCCGUCCUGCAGGUGGAGACACUGGUGCUGGUGCACCGCGUUGCGACGGCGUGUUGCGAGAGCGCCCGCGCCGUCGUUCUGACCAACGCGGCGAACCUCGUGAGGGCGCUCUGCUCCGUCGGGCUGGUUGACGUCGCCGCGGCUGUCGGGGAGAAGGUGGAGGCCGGCGCGGAGAAGGAGAAGGACACCGAACAGAAGGAGACGAAGGUGGCUCGGCUCACCUGGCAAGUCGCACACAGCGAGGUGUGCUACCUGAACGAACAGUUCGACCGAGGCUGGACGCUGCUGUCGCGCGUACUGUGCUGCCCCCUGCUGGAGAACAAGCUCUGCUCGAGUUACAUGAUCGGGUCGUCGGCGGCGCUGCUGCACUCGCGAUACAAGGCGCUGCCCGCCCGCACCUUCCUGCACCAGAGCACGCUCGCGUCGCUACGCGAGGACGACAGCUCGCCGCUGGAGCUCGGCGAAAAGGGACUGCGCACAGUGAUCGGAAUAGCGAAGCUGAUGCUGGGACGCGACGCUGCUGAGGCCGCCGCCGGCGACGACGACGUCGCGUGCGUCGAUCGCACGACCCGCCUCGUCACCAGGUACAGGAUCCUCAUAGACAUGUUGUGUGCACUGCACCAGGCUGGGGAUUUCUACCUGCACUGCGGCCUGGCCAGAGAAGCGAAAACCUACCUGAAGGAAGGGCUCACUUAUGCCGAGCGAUUCGGUCUGACGAAAUGGUGUGCGCGGCUGCGUCUCUCUCUGUGUGAGAUAGAGCUGAGAAGCGGACAGCCGCUCGACUGUGAACUGAUGCUGGACUCUGUCGACUACACCCUGAACGCCGAGCCCAUCUCCGCGCCUCCCCUCGUCGCCACGGUAACCGUCGCCACGGCGACGCCUGCGAACCCGACGACGGCGGGCCGGAAGAAGAAGGCGGCAAGCGGGAAGGCGGCGGGGGACACCGGGAAGAUGCUGAGAGGAUGCCGCGGUGGGAAGCCGUCGUCGGGGGCAACCGCCACCCCGUUUACGAUCUACACGGACGACGCGUCGGCGGCCGACGACUUCCUCAUCUCGUCGCGGCCGCUGAGCUCCCCGCAGGGGGCGCCACCAUCCAACGCUGCGGCGUCGUCGCCGGCGUUGUCGCGGCAAACGCGGCGUGGAGGCGCGGAGCAUGCGGCAGGGUGCGCGUGCGCGCGCUGCGGCGAUGUCGCUCUACAGCUGCUGAACGCGCUCGCGUCUGCCCUGCGCGCCCGCUGCCUCCACGACCAAUCACGCGAUGGGGAGUUGCUGGCGGGGCGCUUUGCCGCGGCCCGCGCCCGCGCCGCCGCACACGCACACGUAGAGGGCGCCACCGCGACGCUGCGCGAUGUCGUCGUCGAGCGUCUCGGCGUCGCGCCCGGUGGCGCCCCCUCGGGGAGCGUACUCGCCGAGAGCGGGGCGGCGUACCACGUCGUCGUGGCGACGGCGCAGCUGCGCGGCGACGACAUCGGGUCGGCGGAGGCCGAACUCGCCAGAGGGCAGCAGCUGCUCGCAGGGCACCACGGCGAGUUGAGGGCACGCUUGCUCCACCUGGAGGCAGUGCUGAGCAUCAGAAAGGAGGCGGAGGGGCGCGCGUGCGACCCGUACUCGCUAUUCCGCGUCGGCUACUGCGAGGCGUCGCCACGAGGCGAGGGGUCGACCCGCGUCUCGCUUGAGGCGGUGACGAUGACGCCGGCCGCGCGCCGCGCUCGUUUUCUCAGCGGCGCGUCGUCGUCGCCGUCGACAACGAGAGACCGCAUCCCCAGCAUCCCCGGAGAUGUGAAGCCAUUUGCGCAGCAGCAGUGCAGCCCCAGCAUCCUCACGGAGCGCAACAACGUCAUCGCCGCCUACAAGACCCCCGCGCGCAAGCUCAAGCCGCGGCGGCGGCGACCGGCCGUCCGCCAGAUGGCGCCGCUGGGGAGCGAUAGCGACAGCAAGGAGAACUCGCCGGCGCCGCCACGGCCGUGCCGCACCGGUCACCAGAGGGCGCCGCGGAAGCCGCGCGCGCCGCGCCGCACCAACCUGAACCCCGUGCGCGAGCCGGAGAGCGAGAGCGAAGAUGACGUCGCCACGGAGACGGUGAGGUGCCACGCCGGCGCCCCCUGGAGGGGUCGGCGCUCGGCGGCGGUGGUGUCCACGGACACGAGCUUCACACGUCUGAGUGAGACCGAGGACGUCAACCCGUCGUCUGCUAAGUCUCUCGCUCCUAAGUCUCUCGCUGCUAAGUCUCUCGCUGCUAAGUCUCCUCGAAGCAACUCUCCAACCGCUAACGCUCCAACCGAUAAGUCUCGAGCGAAACCGGCAAAGACGUUGAAUCAGACGAAAGCGCAAAAGAGAGCGGGCGCCAAGAAGGUUGCCGUCGCGAGGCCGAUGCGCGUCACCAGGGGGCAGCAGCUGCAGCAGCAGCACGGCGGCGACACGGAACGAUUCCGUCACGACGACUCCUCCGCGUGCGACGACGACUCGUACGCGGCGUCCGACGCCGACGACGUCCACGUCGCCCACCAGGGGGCGCCAGACGCGACGUCACCGGACGCGCUGACGGAGCGACGCGCCGUCGACCAUGUCGCUCGCCAGGGGGCGCCGCACGAGGUCGACCUCGAUGCGUCGGUGGAGGUCGCGCGGGCGGCGAGCGAGGAAGAGACGACGCCAACGCUGAGGAGGACUAAGAGAGGGAGACCUGCCGGGAGGGGGAAGGCCACCGCCGCAGGAGGCCUCUCCGCGAAGGGGAAGACCGCCACUGAGAAACCCACUACGAGGAAGAAACUUGCCGGGGAGGAAGCUACGAGGGAGAAGCCCAUUAGGGAGAAACCUACCAAGGAGGAGAAGCCUCCGAAGAAGGAACCCACGAGAGAGAAGUCCGGCCGAGGCAGGAGGAAGAAUGCGAUCGACGCGAAACAGAAAGAGAAGGUCGUGGCAAAAAGUGAGAGGGUGGUCGAGGAGGAGGAGGUUAAGGCGGAGGAGGUGGAGGUGCUACGCAGCAGCAGCGUGCGAGGGGGGAGGUCCGACGACUCGGACAGCUUCCUCCGCAUGUCUCCGCUCAGCGCCGGCGUCGUGCGUCACAGAGAAUUCUCCGUUGCAUCCGUGAAGCUGCUGUUAGAUGAAGCCACCUCGCUGCUGCGGCAGCAUCCUCCGUCGCCGCUCUACGGUGAGGUGAUGCUGCUGCGAGCGCUCUGUGACGUCACGCUGGACCCGCGCGCGGCGGCGCGGCACGCGGCUGAGGCUGCGGCAGUCACGCUGCGACACCAGGCCUGCCUGCAGAUCACGAAGAAGCUAAGGAAACUUGCGAAGGAAGAAAAGUCUCCCGGCGACCUCGAGAGCGCGUUCUCCGCUAUGCGGCUGGACAGCAUGAAGACUCCGACAGCCGCACAGCUCAGCAGUGCGAAGGAACUGCUGCGGUUUGGCGACGCGUCGCCCGCCGACGCCGACUUCCUGCCCCGCGGUUGGACGGUGUGCCAGUUAAGCGUCGUACCUUCACAGCAUCCCGCCCAUCCACCAAACCUGAUCAUUGUUCGCUUCCGGAGGCAGGGGGAGCCACUUGUCGCCAGGGUUGCCAUGGCGAUCGGAGAACAGGGUUACGAUAUCUUAGAGGAGUACCUCAGCAUCCAGAAGGCCAGCAGCACGACGGCCGGCGUAACUGACAAGGCCACCUGGUGGGGAACGCGACACACACUGGAUGAGAGGAUGCAGUAUUUGAUGCAGCAGAUGGAAAAUCUAUGGUUGGGCGGCUACAAGGGCAUGCUCCUUGGUUGCCAUGUCAACAAGGAAGAUGCAGAGAGGCUGAGAAAAGCCAGCAAGGAGCUGAUGAUGACAUUUAGCAUCUGCCUCCCUUCAUCGUCACUACCACUCCUACAGAUGCUCAUAGACUCUCCCUCGAACCUAGAACCCAAACAGCUGUCUCUCAUCAUCACUGACGUCACGGGGUUGCCUAGCAACAACAAGUCUCACAAUGCAAUAUAUCGCCAGAUACGGAAACUGUCGAGAGAACUGAAUCUGAAGGUGGUGACACGGGACACCACUGUUCUCAUACUGGACAAGAGCGUUCAGCACCUACCCUGGGAGUCGCUGUCGAUCCUGCGCACUCACCCCGUCAGUCGCAUGCCCUCGCUUCACUUCAUCCGCAGCAGCGUUGCUGCUCAGGGUUCCCAGCCGGCGGGCGUUGCCGAUCAGGGUAGUCGACCGGCCGGCGCCAUCUGCAGGGAGGUUGACGUAAGAAACACGUUCUACGUGCUCAACCCGGCGAACGAUCUACCGAACACGCAGACGACGUUCCAGGCGUGGUUCGACAGAGAGAAGAGCUGGCGGGGCGUGGUCGGACAACCUCCGACUCCGGACGAGUUUCGUGAGGCUCUCACGGACUUUCAGCACUUUGUGUACUGCGGGCACGGCACGGGAGGGCGCUACCUGCGGGGCGACGACAUUCAGCGCAUAGACUGCCGCGCGGUGGCGCUGCUGAUGGGCUGUAGCAGCGGUCGGCUGGCCGUGGCGGGACAGCUGGACGCAUGCGGCAUGGUGCUCAACUAUCUCAUCGCUGGAUGCCCAUGCAUCGUCGCGAACCUGUGGGACGUCACCGACCGAGACAUCGACCGUUUCCUCGAGAAGCUGCUGCGAUGCUGGUUGCCUAGCGAUGGGAGGACGACCGUGCUGCAGCACAUGAGCGAGGCGCGCGGAAGCUGCAAGCUAAAGCACAUGAUCGGGGCGGCGCCCGUCGUGUACGGACUGCCCGUCCGCACGAAGAGCAGCUGAUAGGGGGCGCCACCCGUCCGCAUGAAAGUCAGUUGAGAGAGGGCGCCACUAGUGUGCCACUAUUGUUCUCCAUAGAUGGGCCUUCUAUACGUCUAAUUUAUAACAAAACCCUCAUCUUAACACUUAUGAUGUCUGAUGCCGCAGGUAACGAUGUUACUAAUUGGUAUAGGAAGGGUUACGUUAUGCAUACUCUACAAGAGUGUAAUGUCUGUGCAAAACUGGUGUUGGUGUUUAAUGUGAAUGCAAAGAUGGCAUUUUAAAAGUUGUUGAAGUCGUUGCCAAAUAAGUGUUCUUUGGAUAUCUGAAACUUGUGUGAGCGUAAAUGAUGUGAGCAAAUAUGUGAACGUAGAGUUAGAAUGUACCAUAUCAAACCCCUCACACACGCACACACACACACACACACACACACGCACACACACACACACACACACACACACACACACAC